AUGUAUUUUGAUCACGACCAAAAUUUUUUUGAAUCCGAUUCUGAUAUCGAAGAUGAUGAUUUUAACGACUUGAUGGUGAUGAUUGUUUUUCCCAGACGUCAAAGAAACUUUAGACAAAGGGCAGACCAUUUUACGCAUUGGAGAGAUGAUGAAUUCUUUGACCGAUAUCGAUUGUCCAAAACUUCAGUUCGUUUUAUUAUUAAUUUGAUUGGUGACCGCAUCUGCUCCCGUACCGAUUGGAAUCAUGCAGUAAGUUCUGAACAUAAAGUGCUCCUGACAUUGAGAUAUUAUGCCACAGGGUCAAUGUUGGUUGUCUGUGGGGACUUUAUUGGAGUCCAUAAGUCAACAGCCAGCCGCAUAGUUAAACUUGUUUCGCAUGAAAUUGCUUUACUACGUCCAUUAUUUGUGCAUUUUCCUAACAAUGAAAUGGAAAUAAAACAAGUCAAACAAGAUUUUUAUAACAUCGCUAAAUUUCCCUUGGUUAUUGGUGCUUUAGACUGUACACAUGUCAAAAUAAGGUCACCCGGUGGUGAUAAUGCAGAGAUGUAUCGAAACAGAAAGAGCUUCUUCUCAAUUAAUGUCCAAACUAUAUGUGAUGCAAAUUUAAAAAUCCAAGAUAUUGUUGCUCGGUGGCCUGGGUCAUCACAUGAUUCCACUAUUUUUAACAAUUCGGCAAUACGAGGAAAGUUUGAAAGGGGUGAAAUGCAGAAUUGUCUAUUGGUAGCUGAUAGUGGCUAUGCACAGCGUGAUUUUGUUAUGACCUUAGUUGGGAACCCUGGCUCACUAAUAGAUCCUGCAUCUGGUAUAACUGCAGCAGCCGUUGAUAAAUAUAACGAAUCUUUAAUCCGUACAAGAAAUACUGUGGAAAGAAGUUAUGGCGUUUGGAAACGUCGCUUUCCAAUAUUAGCUACAGGUAUAAAUGUCAAAAGAACUUCAUCACAAUCCAUAAUUGUUGCCACAGCUGUACUUCAUAAUAUAGCCUGUGAAUUUAAAGAAGGAAUUCCAAGAGUGACCACAGCAGUAGAAUCUUCUAUUAGAAUCACAGAUUUCAACAAUCCAGGGGAUGCAAUUAGCAGGAAUGCAGUGCAAAAUAGUACAAGGAGAAAAUUACUUCGAUAUUUUGCCAAUGUUUAA